UACCUUUCCAGGGGGAAAACGGGCCAUCAAAAAAGAUAGGAUACUUAAGGGGAUACACAACGGCCUCCUUAACAGCGGUUUUACAUUCCUCUAGGCCUAUAACGUCAUCCCAAUGUACAUUUAAUUUGUUUACUAUGAUCUCCUGUGACGAUACAAAGAUAAAAUGGCGUCUUCUCUAUAUUAAGAGGAGAGUCGUAUUUCGGAACGUCAUCGGAACAUAUUACACCUUGUAUGUGAUUAUUUGGAACACAAUGGACGUUAGCGAUGUAUUAUUCCGGGAAGCUCGUCUAUCUCCCGAACAUCGGGUUUGCGACAACAUCGAUUUGGAAAUUAUCGUUGCAGAGUAUGAAAAUUAUUACAAGAUGAAAUUUCAAAAAUAUCCCAUAUUGUGUAAGAAAAUAACUGGAAGGGAAAUGACGAGGGAAGUGACAAAUGCAAGCAAAACUGUUUGUAGAAGUAUUGAGACAAAAGCCAAAUCUGUUAGUAAACAAGCGAGAAGUGAGCCUGUGAAAGAGACGAAUCUACAGCAGAAGAUAACUGAUGACAAUACGAAUCAUAUUAAUCUCGCAAUGACAGUGACGUCAAUAUUCCCCAAUGAGAAUGAUGGACGUUCAUCAGAAGAGCUAUUUAACGUCCCAAUGGAACAAUCCAUGCAAUCGAAGAUAUUGAAAUGCGUUGAAAAGCUUUAUUCAGAUAAUCCGGAAUUACGAAAGAUUGCUGAGGACAUCUCAUGCGAGAUCAUAGUAAACAAAUUAAAUGUACAUUGGGAUGACGUUAUAGGCCUAGAGGAAUGUAAAACCGCUGUUAAGGAGGCCGUUGUGUAUCCCCUUAAGUAUCCUAUCUUUUUUGAUGGCCCGUUUUCCCCCUGGAAAGGUAUUUUGCUGUACGGCCCACCUGGUACAGGGAAAACGAAGUUAGCGAAGGCAGUCGCGACAGAAUGCCAUUGCACCUUUUUUAACAUAACUGCCAGCUCAUUGGUCAGCAAAUGGAGAGGCGAUUCCGAGAAGUAUAUACGUGUUUUAUUUGAACUUGCCUAUAGUCAUUCGCCUACAAUUAUUUUUAUCGACGAGAUUGACUGGAUCGCCACAAAUAAAGGAGACUGUAUAUUGUCUGAACCUGCAAAGAGAUUCAGAUCAGAACUUCUUUCUAGAUUGGAUGGAUUAGUGUCUAAUGAGAAUUCUAAUGUAGUUCUUCUGGCUACAACUAAUUCCCCUUGGGGCAUUGAUGCAGCUUUACUCAGGCGUCUCGAAAAGCAAAUAUACGUAUCAUUACCCAAUGAAGUUGCUCGACUUGGUAUAUUCAAAUUAUACCUUAGCAACCACUUAUUAGAAAAUACAGAUAUUGUAAACCACAUAGUAAAAUGUACUGAAAGAUAUUCUUGUGCAGAUAUAAAAUUGCUUUGUAAGCAAGCGUGGCUACUAGAAAUAAGCCCGAUAUGGAGGAGACUUGAAAAGAAAGAAACACCUGUUACCACUUUGAAAUAUGAAUUAAAAAGUUAUGAAAUAUUAGCAAAAUUGUUAAAAAAAAUGUCACCUACAGUUAUGCAAAUAGAUAAAUAUGAUACGUGGAACAAAUAAAUACGCAAUCGUAAGGACAGAUAUUGAAAAAUAUAAAUAAAUGGAUUAUCGUUCGAGAAAUCAUUCUCAUGUGUGUGCAUGUGUGUGCGCGCACGCGCUAUAGGCUAAGUUUAAAAUGUUCGGUUGUAUUAUAUCCUUGUAUUAUAUAUGUCGGAGAUGAAAGGAAAACCGGAGCCUUCCCUUUGCAAUUUUGAGGAAGCCUUCUAAUGCUUUAGCCUAGAUUUUAUCAUAACUGUAAUUAAGCAAUUGUCAUUUGUAAUUGUUUGAUAUUUGUGAAAGCGAAAGUGGGUUCGAGGUGACAACUGGUCGCCGAACGUAGCCACGGUCACGGGAUAAACGUUUUGCCUGACGAAGGUGUGGAUCGGUUGUAUUAUUCUCCCUAGAAAUCACAUAGAAUUGUACUUUAGAGAUGUCGAUAUAAUGGGACACACGUUGUAUUAGGAAUCAAUCUCCAGACAGAAACUGCCUAGUAACGGCGUUUGAAUCUUUCUCGAUGUUUCCAAAGAGUAUACAACAAACUUUUGACAGAAAUUGCCUAGCAACAACGAUUGGAACCUUCUCGAUGUUUCCAGCGAGCAUAUAACAAACAAAUGCAGUCGUAUAGCGAAAAAGAUUUUCAUCAGAUAUUCAUUCGUGUGAUCGCCUUGGAAAGUGAUACAUCGAGCAAUUUACCGAGUGUCUUAGCAAUCGUAUUUUUUUGUGUUUAAAAUUAUUCUACGCAUAGUAAAAAGUUAUCCCGUUGACCGUGGAUUCGUUUGAACCCAGGAACAUUGUUAAUAGCGUUAAUUAAAUUCAUUAUUCGUUAAAUUUAUUAUUCGUAAAACAUAUUAUUCGUUACUCUUAUUAUUCGUUAAACUUAUUAUUCUUUAAUCUAAUCAUUAGUUAAACUUAUCAUUUGUUAAUCUUAUCAUUCAUUAAACUCAAUAUUCAUAAUAUUUUGCAAAAUCUUGUAUAUUCGCGUAAAUAUAAUCUCUGUUUCGUAAAACAAUGGCUAAUUAUUCGUUCCUCUUAUUGUUCGUUAAACUUAUUAAUCUUUAAUCUAAUUAUUAGUUAAACUUAUCGUUUGUUAAUCUUAUUAUUUAUUAAACUCAUUAUUCAUAAUAUUUUGUAAAAUCUUGUUUAUUCGCGUAAAUAUAUUCUCUGCUUCGUAAAACAAUGGCUAAUUCAAACGAAGGAUCAUUACGUGCCUUAAAUCCUAAUGAUAACCCGACAUAUAUAUGUGAGUGUAUUUUAUCAAAAAUAUGUUUUUUAUGUUUUCUUAUCUUAGUAAUUAUUUUUAAAAAAGUCUUAAAGUCUUAUAUGAAAAUAAAGCUGUUCUUUAUUUCAAAUAAUUGAAGUAAAUAAAUACAAUGAGUUUUAUAUUUUAUUAUAUCUUA